AUGCGAAAUCCAAUCCGGAGAAAAAGUGUCAAUUCGGACAAAACUUCCAGCGUGCAGCUCUUUCUUGCGGCGCUCUACAGGCGAACUGAACGCUCAAACCCUCCAUCCCACCAACACCGCCCACCCCCCUUCCCCCCUUCCCAGCCUCGGCAACCUACCCCAAAGUUGUGCUCGAGCGUCCACCCGUCCAUCCAGGCUCUGAACGGCUGCAACGGUCGGAAGGCAGCCCUGUACCCCUGUCGGAAGGUGAAUCCAGCCUCGUGGGGAAAGAUGUCGGAGGGUGCGCUACCUAAUCAGGGCUCCACCCACGCCCUGACCGCGCCCCAAGGUCCCAGCGAUGGCAUGCCGGCGCCCCACGGCGCCGGCCUCUACGCCAUGGGCGGUCCCCACGUGGCCCGAGAACGCAGCUCUCCACCCCGCCAGUCCUCGAUGGCCUCGCCCCCCGGCACACCUGACCAGUCUGCUGGCCAUCGUUGUGCGGACUCCCCCGCGUACACAGUGGCACCUGGGCACCAGGGCACCUUGGCAUACUCGCCUUACCAGGAGAUCGAGGAGCUGCGAAAUAAGAUCCGAUUGAUGGACAAAGAGCACUUUGAGAAGGAGCUGGAGGCGCGGAGGCAGGUGCGGGAACAGGUACACCAGGAAGGGAUCAAGAUCGCCGAGGAAUACCAAGGCGAGAUCAACCGGCUGAAGCAAGAGCUGCAGCAGAAAGAUGUGAAUGGUGCCAAGGUCGCCAGUCAACACAAGCAGGAACUCAGGGAGAGGGAUGCCAAAAUUGCCACCUACAAGAAAACCAUUGAAGACUUGAAGAAGCAAGCAGCAGAAAUGCAGGAGCACAUUGCAGCUCUGAGGGAGAGGCAGCGGAAGGGGAAUGACGGUCAGCUGAGGUCACAAAGCACAAUGGCAGCAGAGGAAGAGAUCGAACAGCUGCGCAAAAGGAUACGUGAAUGGGACAGAGAACGAUUCGACAAGGAGAUGGAGGCACAGAGGCAAAUGCAAGAAGCACUGCGCCACAAAGGGGUCACGAUAGCAGAGCUUACCAGUGAUCAUGAUGCGAAGCUGAGAAAAGUGGGGGAGGAAUUCAGGGAUGAGAUGAGCCAACUCAGACAUGCCACUGAUGGCCUCCAACAGAAUGAGAUAGAAAUCAGAAACGUUGUCAAACAGCUGCAGCAGGAUGUCAGGGAGCAGGAUGCCAAAUUUGCAGCUCAUAAGAACAGCAUGGAUGAGAUGAAAUUGCAGGUGGCGGGUACCCUAGUGGAAAUGAAGGAGAUGAGAGAGAAGCUGCAGAAGGCGAGCGAUGACAAAGGCACACAUGGCGCAAAUUUUCCGUGGGAUCCCAAUAUGUGGGCAGCCAAUUUCAUUCCUCCACCAUAUGUGCCUUCAGCGUCUGCUUCAAAUGGUCAAGGGUGGGCAGGUGCAUCGGACAGUAGACCUGGGGCAUCUGCCUCACAUGGUCGUAAGCGGGACGAAUGCAAACAACAGUAG